AAGUGGUUACAAGAUUAUAUUGCUGAUUUGACGGGACAGCAGCUCUCUUUAGGCAACUAAAGCACACGCUUAGCAAUGACGCUUCUUGCCAACAUUAUCCUCUUGGCCUCCGUAAUAUAUGUUCACGGUUUCAGCAUGUUCAAAAGUGGGAAAGGUACGAAAGGUGUCAAAGCUCCUCUGGAAAAUCUUCCAAAAGCGUGCGGGAAGCCGCCAUUUGUUGGCGUCUGCCAUCCACUGAAGGAAGCUUGGUAUUACGAACAAAAUACGAACUGCUGCAAAAUGUUGCUACCGGGCACAUGUGCAGGAGGCAACAACCUCUUUCCGACAAUGAAGAAAUGCAUGAAAGAGUGCAUGCCACUCACUCCAAGAAAUUCAAGAAUAUGCCUUCAGCGACCUGUGGUAGGGACCUGUGCUCCACAUCUUGUAGCUUGGUAUUUUGAUCCAGAGAGCAGCUAUUGCAAAAUGUUCAACCAUACCAUCUGUGGUGGAGGUCCCAAUUUGUUUUUGACAGAGAUGAAGUGCCAACAAUUCUGCCUACCCAAGGAAAAGCCAAGGGCCUACUGUAGCAUGACGCCAACUCCUGGAAAGUGCUGGGGUGGAAAGCGCCACUGGUACUUUGAUGAGAAGACGAACAACUGUAAUCUUUUUGCUGGCAAACGCUGCGGGAAAAAUAAUAACGCAUUUUCAUCGUACGCAAAGUGCAUGCAAAGAUGCAGCUAUAGCAAAGCUGUUUCUUGCCCGACGUGUGUACAAACUCAACAAAAUGGGCUGCCCACCUCGCAAAUACCAGGAGGCAUCGGACAUCCCCGCAUAGAAGGCCUGCCCGCACAAAACGACCUCCCCGGUGCACCAAGCCUACCAAAUCUACCAAGCACACAUGGCCAAUCCGGUUAACCAACAGUACCUGGUCACAAUGUACAGGGCCUACCGGGUCAAUCAAGUCAACUCCACCCCAAUUUUCCAUCUGGUCGUUAAAAAAACUGCUUCUCUACACUGCUGUACGAAAA